CUAAAGGUGUUUAAGUUGUUUUAACCUUUGAAAUAAAUAUACAGUGUAUAAAGUGUAAUUUCAACUACCGAAUAAUUUAUUAUAGCUGUUAAUUAGUCCACACAAAUCGUAAUUAAGUUUAGCCUGUAAAAUAUGACAAACUUUUAGAUUUGUUUUUAUGGGGUUUUCCUUAUUCACAAAGUGCUUGUCAAACCUCUGAAGUCUUUUUUGCUGAAGUAACAGCUUUACAAUGCUAGUAUAGAUUAAUUACCCUGGGGACUAGUUUAGUAAAAUUAGAGCCCGUUGCGUGUAAAUGCUAAAAAAAGCAACCCUGACAAUUUUUAAUUACUGCAAUGUCAUUAAAUCUAAUUACUCUAUUUUUUAAUUACUCUAUUUGUGGUGAUCAGUUAUACACAUUCAUUAUUAUACACAUGAAAGAAAAAAAACAAAUAAGUUACGUGCAUUACUUUACAGAGUAUAUGUAGGAGAUAUUAUAAUCACUAAAAAAAUAAAUAAGGAAAGGAAUUGAAGAACGAAUGAAGAAACAUUGAAUAAUGUUUACCGAAUUGUAUGACUAUUUUGCAAACUGGAAAUUCAUUAUUGUGUUUAUCGCAGUCAACAUUAUACUUUUGGUUUACAACCUCAACAUUGUUUUGAACUGUCUCAAUAGUCAGGCGACUGGAAUAACGAAAAGCGUUCUAAUAACUGGUUGUGAUUCUGGUUUUGGUUAUAAAACAUCACUAGAGCUAAAUGCAUCAAAAGUGAAAGUUUUCUCUGGAUGUUUAACUAAGGAAGGAGUGAGAAGAUUACAAGAUGAUCCAGCUUUUAGAGGACAUGCAUUUAUUAUGGAUGUUACAAACCAAGAUGAUAUCAACAAAACUUACACACUAAUAAAAGAAGAAGUCAAAGACAAAGGUUUAUGGUGUGUAGUAAAUAAUGCUGGCAUAAUUCAACCUGGUCUCAUUGAAUGGCAAACAACCGAAGAAAUGCAGAAAAUCAUGAAUGUAAAUCUAUGGGGUACUGUCAAUGUAACAAAAACCAUGCUACCUCUGGUCAAAAGAGCAGGAGGAAGAAUUGUUAAUGUUGUUAGUAUGGCGGGUCGAGUAACGCUACCACUUUGUUCAGCUUAUUCAAUGUCAAAGUAUGCCUGCGAAGCAUUUUCUGAUUGUUUGAGAUACGAAAUGAAAUGCUGGGAUGUAUCAGUUCAUAUUAUUGAACCUGGUAUCUUUAACACAAAUCUAGUAAAAACUCAACCUCAACAAUGGAAAACAUUGUGGAACAGCUUGCCAUCCACUACAAAAGAGGAAUACGGGAGUGACUAUUUUGAAAACAUUUUAGUGAAAGAGAAGGAAAUUGUAUCAAAGUUUGGUUCAUCAAACAUUAAGAAAGUGACAGAUGCAAUAUGUCACGCAGUGUUGUCGUCAAACCCGAAACUUAGAUAUGUUGUUGGAUAUGAUGCCAUGCUUUAUGUAAUAGCGUCAAUGUUGCCUACUUUUAUUAGUGACUGGAUCGGGUAUUUCCUUACAAAGCCACAUGCUACGCCAGCAGUGAUGAAGAAGAAAAAUGAGAAGAUUUUACCAGAUGUAUUUCGCAAUCAGGAAACUGCUGCGGAAUGAACAAAAGAAAGCAAAGAUAAAUUAAAAGUGAAAUAUAGUCAGUUCUAUAAUUGUCAAAAUACUGGCUACAUAAUUUGUAUGUGUUAUGAAAUUAUCAAAAAUGGUUUGCUCUCUUUUU